UUAUUCACUGCAACCAUCAACAACAAUAAUGCUGCAUUCCUUGAUGGAUCCACUGUUUCUUGUGUUGAAUUGGGACACUUUUCUGCAACAAUUCCACUUAACUUAAACCUUUGGCAUCGAAGAUUGGCUCACCACCACUAUGCUGAUGUCAAGAAAUUGACACAAGGAAACCUUGUUACUGGAAUGACACUUGAGUCUAAAUCUACUCCUGAUCCUAUCUGUGAACCAUGUCUGUCUGGAAAAAUGUCUGCCAACCCAUUCCCUUCAUCUUCUCAUCACUCUGCUCACCCUCUAGACCUCAUCCACUCUGAUGUACACCAAGUCUCCUCCCUUUCAUUCUCUGGGUAUUGA